UGGGACAAGCAAGAGUCGCAAGUUGGAUUACAUUGUAAAUAGAAAGCAGGAUAAUCAUUCGCCCAUGUCGUAAAUAUACAUUUCAAAUUACCUUAGACUGAGUACAUGUAAUAAUUAGCUAAUUGUGUAUUUGCUGAAACAGUCAUAUCGGUGUUUUUGAGGAAUUACAAGGGAUUUAAAGCAGAAUAAAUAGCUAUGUAUCGGUCUCUGUAUGCCUUCCGAUCUGCGGAGCCCAACUCGCUCCACUUCGGGGCGGGUGAGAGCUUUCUGAUCCUGGAACGCAGCAACAAACACUGGUGGCUCGGCUCGCGCUGCAGUUCGGGCGAAACCGGCUACGUUCCCGCUUCUUACAUCGAAAGGAUUCAGGCUCCAGAGCAGGAUGAGGUUUUACAGUCUAUCGACAGGGCCAUCGAAGGGAUCCAUAACAUGGCCAUGAAGAAUGGGGGCAAAUACAACCUGGAGCAGCGAGACAUGCUACAGAAGUUGAUCCAUCACAGGAAGGAGACCCUGUCAAGGCGAAGUCCAACUCCAUCCGGUCCUAAGCAGGGCCUGCCCUCCUCUACCAGCGAACUGUCCCUCAGCCACACCCCGCAACCACCCAAUGGGAUCAGCCGCACAAUGUCAGAGAGUACCGACAAUGUGCAGGGGCUUUACCAGGUGCCUCCUCAGCCCCGUCGUGCAGCACCCAUAACUCCACCCCCUCCUGAGAAACUAAGAGCCAGCCGACGCCCAGCAGAGUCAUCCAUUCCUCCUCCUCCUGGCCUCGCCCCUGCUGCAGGGACUGGCCUGUCCCCCUCUGUCAGCUCCGCCUCCCUGGACUCUGGUUCCUCCCACUCCGUGGUGUCCUCUGAUGUCAGCCUUCCAAGCGUUGCCAGCACCCCGCCCCCAGUGCCAAGCCGUGUGAAGCCCCCGCCCCCUCCUCCAGACGACCUACCUCCCUCUGACCCCUCUCCCCAGCCAGCUCCCUCAAAGAAGGGCCCCACACCCCAACCUCAACCUCAGCCCACUCCCCCACCACAGCCCAGCACAGAGGACCAAUCAGAAACCGACUGGCCUCUUGCCCCGCCCUCUGUCGCUGAAAGCCCCCCCGGCAGCCCCACUCACUCAGAGCCUGUCCCCGGGACAACAGGGGCAGAGCUUAUUGAGCUGGUGAGGAGGAACACAGGCCUGAGUUACGAUCUGUCUCGUGUAGCGGUGGGUGUGGUCGUGGGUCACCUGCAGACAACCUUACCUCAAGCCUCAUCUGCCUUAGAGAAAGUCCUCCUCUCAUUGGUAGAGAGCAAGGAUCAGAGUUCGGUGUUGCCACAAGGACAAGUGUGUCACGAUGAACAGCGCCUGGAGGUCAUCUUAGGCGACCUUGCCCGUCACAUUGACGACUCUCAACAGCGCAGCUGGGCCCUUCACGAAGACCACUCUCUCAUCGCAUGUUACUUGGAGGAGCUGCUGAAGAUACUGACGGAUGCAGAUCCAGAGGUGUGUAAGAAGAUGUGCAGGGUCAACCACUCGGAGCCAGUGCUGUCACUAGUGACCUAUUACCAGAUGGAACACAGAGUGUCUCUACGCCUGCUGUUGCUCAAGGUGUUUGGGGCGAUGUGUAGCCUGGACUCUACCCUCAUCUCCACCCUCCUCAACUCCAUCCUGCCCAUGGAGCUGGCCAGAGACCUGCAGACAGACACACAGGAACAUCAGAAGAUGUGUUACACAGCCUUGGUCCUGACUAUGAUCUUCUCUAUGGGGGAGCAGGUGCCCUAUCACCACUAUGAGCACUUAAAUGCUAGUUUUGUUCAGUUCCUGCUAGAUGUGGUUGAGGACGGUCUUCCCUCUGACCCCACAGAACAGCUCCCUGACCUCUGUGUCAACCUCAUCCUGGCCUUUAACCUGCACCUCAUAGUGCCCAGCAGCAACGUGAUAAUGCAGACUGUGGUCAAGAAGAAUGUGAAGAUCUUCUCUGAGAAAAUAGUGCUUCUACUAAACAGAGGAGAUGACCCUGUGUGUGUCUUUAAACAUGCUCCCCCUGCCCCACAUUCAGUACUUAAGUUCCUGCAGGAUGUCUUUGCCAGCCGAGACUCUUCAGACAUCUUCUACCGCACGGAUAUGAUGGUGAUGAUAGACAUCGCUGUUCGAUGCAUCUCUGACCUCUCACCUGGGGACAAGUUGAGGAUGGAGUACCUCUCCCUCAUGCACUCCAUCAUGCGCUCCACAGACUACCUGGAGCACCGGCACCGCCUCUCCGACCUGCAGGGCGCACUGCAAAGAAUUCUGGGAGAAGAGGACGACUCAGGAGUGGACGAGGGCGGGGCCACAGCCAAACAGAUGGAUAAGCUAAUAGUGCAGGAGAUCUACAAGGAAUUCCCUCAGAUCAGCGAGAGCUAGGAGGACUGAAUAUGAAUAUGACAGUGGUGAUAUGCACUCAUCCAGUAGUCUGCUCCUUUAUACUGAGGGAUGGUACUGUGGAACUUCCUAGGAUUAAGAAAGGACUGUAGUCAGCUACUUAGUUUCUGAGAUAACAUACUGUUACACUUGACUUGAACCCUCCAUCAUAAGGGCUAUACAACACUUUUACAAUCAUGAGAUAAGAGAUGUCAUUAACACCAGCUGUCAUGGCUGUUUAUUACAUCUGUUAUGUAAUGAUUAUGACAAUGUUAUGUAGCGGUUAUGUAGGCCUUAUGAGUCCUAGGGCUGGCACAAAUAUCCUACAUUCAUGUAACCGACAAAUUAUGGACAAUAACCGUGAACUUAAAAAAAUAACCGUCAUAAUCGUUUUAAUGCAUUCAUUUAAGGAGAAGGGGCGAUUCAACUUCAUAUUUUUGUAGAUAUAGUUCACCUAAUAGCAGUUUUUAAUUUUUACAUGGAGUGGGUAAAGUUGGUAAUCCUUUUACGAGCAGAACGUAAUGGCCGGAAGGAGAAGCUUUAUUUCCAGAAGUUCCAAGCAGUCAAAACCAUUCGUUUUUUUAACAGGAAUGUCACCAAAGCUGUGUUGUAUUCAUUAGGUAUGUCGUAACUUAUUUUCAAAGAUGCUUUAUGAUUCGUUACAAGCUCAAAACAUUUUUCAACAAAAAUUACAAAUAUGACAAUAACCGUGGACAUUUGCAUGGCAAUUAAUCGUUACCUAAAAGUACAUAAUCGUCACAACCUUACUUAUGACGGAGGGUUCUUGAUUGUGUUACCCAGCAACACUCCCUUGUGCUCCAAAUGUGAUCCCUUGUACUGAGGGGCCAGACUACAGUGUUUUACGUAGGGCCUUGUAACCCUGGUACUAGUGUACUGUAUUCUGUAGAUCAGUGGUUCUCAACCCUGGUCCUCCUAGGGACCCCAAGGGUUGCACAUUUUAGUUUUUGCCCUAGCACUACACAGCUGAUUCAAGUGAUCAACUCAUCAUCAAGGUUUGAUUAUUUUA